UAUGUAUUAUUAGAAGAACGCCAAACGAGAUCACACGAGUUCGCGGACUGGUGACAAACAGAGUUCAUAUUUGCGGAAUUCUUGGCCGUGCAUUCGUUAUUCAUUAAGUGUUUAUACCAGUAAUUCCUACUCACUAUAUGUUUUUAUAUGGAAGUUUGCUAAAUUGGUUCAAUAUUCGUGUAUAAUUUUUAAGUAAUUUUGUGGCUAGAUUCACAUAAAGAUGACCACUAAUGGCUGUGAAACUGAGAAACAUCAAUAUGUGAGGCGGAAUAAAGUGAUCGAUUUGGACGUCAGUCCCGCCAAAACAACAAAUUGUCAAAAACAUGAAAAGAAGAAUUUCCUUGGAAAGUUGUUAUUGGCAGUGCCUACAGUGUCGGAAUUAAAACAAUACGCCGGAGUCGUAUUAUGCGGCCUGACAUUAUGGGGAACGUCAUGGUUCAUAUUCAAGGAGUUGGUGAUCCCCGGCGGCUAUUUAUUGAGCAUGUCCGGUGUGGUAAUGGCCGGGUACAUUUUUGGACACACUCUAGAGAGAUACACAACAAUCAACUCAGUUGUAGGAAUGACUUUAAUUGGAGCAUUGUACAGAAAUUUUGGUCCGACGAACUACUUGAACAACCCUAAUGCCGAUGCGAUUGAUUUUCACUUAAGGCGGAUUUAUCCCGUAAUUAUCUUGACGAAAGGGCCGCUCAGCUGGAACUGGGAGUAUAUAAAAAAUAAUUCAGUAAAAGUUUUCUCAUUGGCUAUCUUACCCUGGACUGUGGAGUGUUUGUCUACGGCCUUCUUCACCCAUAUACUUCUCGAUUACCCUUGGUAUUGGGGUCUUCAUUUAGGAGCGAUACUGGCGUCAGUGUCACCUGCAGUGGUUGUACCAACUGUAUUGGCGUUGAAGGAUAAAGGACUAGGAACUAAAAAUCAAAUUGCUAUGUUAGUAGGAAACGCUGGGGGAUUAGACACAACGUUAACGGAAGCCAUGACUGGAGUUAUUAACAGCGCUAUAUUUUAUCCUGCGUCGCUGGCUUACAGGAUUGUAAAGGGUGCAUUGGCUACGUUUGCGGGGAUAAGUGCGGGAGUCACGUGGGGUGUGUUAUGCGACUUCAUACCGGACCAGAGUGAUUUAUACGCUCCCACUGUUCGAAGUUUGCUUAUUUUUGGCGGCGGUGUCAUGCUGACGUAUGCUGGCGGUUAUUGCGGCUGGGGCGGUGCUUCCGACUACUCUAGACUUGGCCCUUGUUUAAGAUACGAUCAUCUUGUUGUAUCCAGACAAGAGAAAGAAAUCAAUAAGAUCCAUACUUCGGCGCGACACAAACAUUUCAGGAUCGCAAAAUUAAUUAAAAUCUCGGCUGUUUUGGUGCGAACAGCGAUGGACUCCCUAUCAGAAGACGCUACCGAGCAAGAUAAACAUGUCGCUCUCCAGCACUCCAACAUCAUAGUCAUCGCAAUAUUGAUUACGUCAACCAUAGGAUCUGUGCUGACUACCGUGCUGGGACCCGUUCUGCUCUCUCAAGAGUCCAGAGUGGCUCCUGAAAAUUUUUAUCGUGCCCAAACUUUAACUCCAGCUGUUACUAACCCAUCGGCCAAUGCUUGUGGGAGCAACAUUCCUUCUCUAUAGUAUGUGGAUACUUAAUAAAUCAUAUCUGAUCACUA